AUGAAGCAUUCUGCUGCCUUUGUUGCCACCGCGGCUGCCGUCCUGGCUCGCUCUGCUGACGCUCACUACAUCUUCAGCAAGCUCGUUCUGAAUGGUGUGGCCUCGAACGAUUGGCAAUACAUUCGUCAGACUACUCGUGCAACCAACUAUAUGCCAACCAAGUGGACCAACACCUACGACAACCUCACUCCUAGCGACACUGAUUUCCGCUGCAACCUGGGAUCAUUCAGCAAUGCUGCCAAGACCGAGGUGGCGGAUGUUGCUGCAGGUGACACCAUCGCAAUGAAGCUCUUUUACGAUGGCAGCAUCGCUCAUCCUGGACCUGGCCAAGUUUACAUGUCAAAGGCACCGACUGGAAAUGUCCAGGAAUACGAGGGCGAUGGUGACUGGUUCAAGGUCUAUGAAGUGACUCUUUGUGACGAAAGCGGCGAUUUGACUACAGAUGCUUGGUGCGCCUAUGGCAUGUCGCAGUUUGAGUUUCAGAUUCCCGCAGAUACUCCUGCCGGAGAGUACCUCGUCCGAGCCGAGCACGUCGGUCUUCACGGAGCUCAGAACAACGAGGCGGAGUUUUUCUACAGCUGCGCGCAAAUUAAAGUCUCUGGCUCCGGUAGUGGCACCCCUGCCACCACUUACCAGAUCCCUGGCGUCUACGAGGACACCAUGACACUCUUCAAUGGUCUCAACCUCUGGACGGACAGUGCCAGCCAGAUCAAGACUGAUAUUGCCGACACCCCUAUCGGGGAUGCUGUCUUCAGCAGCAGCAGCAGCAGCAGCAGCAGCGCAUCCUCUUCUUCGUCUUCGUCUUCGUCUUCAACUUCUUCGUCCGCUGUCGCAAGCUCGGCCGCAGCCACUCCGUCUGCUGGUGCAUUCGACUGGAAGUCGUUCAACCCGUGGUCCCACUACAAGGGAUCCGCCAAGUUCCGCGGCCGGGCCUGA